AUGUUGUCGCGCUAUGUGGUGUCGCAAGUGAAGCACAACUCGUACUUCCUGGUGGGGCUGGCGCUGGGGCUGUGGUUGUCGCUGGCGCUGGUGCCGCUGGACGAGGCGCCGAUCGCCGCCUGCGACGCGGCGCUGGGCCCCGCCGCCGCGCCCGAUGACUUCGAGCCGCAGCGCGAGGAGCGGCCGGGCGGGCCGCGCGCCGCCGGCCGCGCCGUGCAGCGCCCGCGCUACUACAGCACCGAGCUCGGCAUGCGCGGAUCUCUGCUCACUGGGGUGCUGAGCUCUGAAGAGGCCCUGAAGAGUCAAAUAGCGGCCCUGAACCGUACCACUGCUAGCCUGCAACCUGCGCUGAAGUUCUUCAUCACGGCUAGUGCCGUAAGCUCAGUGCCCGGAAUGGCCAAUGUAGUAGGCUUCACUGACACGAGGGAAAUGCUGAAACCAUUUCAUGCUCUCAAGUAUUUAGCCGACAACUAUUUAGAAGAGUAUGACUUCUUCUUCCUAGUGUCUGAUACAUCAUAUGUGAAUGCCCAGCGUCUGACAGAGCUGGUAUCUCAGCUCAGUGUGAGUGAGGAUAUCUACAUGGGCACCAUCGCAGAGGAUGACAGCCACUACUGCUCGCUUGAGGCCGGCAUCCUGCUGUCGAACUCCGUGCUGCGCGCCGUGCACGCCGAGCUCGACUGGUGCGUGCGCAACUCCUACUCCGCGCACCACCACGAGAACAUCGGCCGCUGCGUACUGCAUGCCGCGCGCCGCGCCUGCGCAGACCGCGCGCAGGGCGUCGUGUACAGCUCGCUGGCGGGCGGCGAGGGGGGCGCGGGCGGCGCGGCGCCGGGCGGGCUGGCGCGCGCCGUCACGGUGCGCGGCGUGCGCAGCGCGCGCGACCUGUUCGCGCUGCACGCGGCCGCCGCGCGCCGCCAGCUGCAGGCCGCGCGCGCCGCCGCCGCCGCCGCCCGCGCCGCGCUGCGCCGCGCCGCGCCCAGGCAUCCGCCGCACUACCGCAACAACACCUGGCCGCCCGGCCUGCGCGCCGACCCCGGCCUGGCGCCGCCGCCGCCCGACUCGCGGUUUGACCACUUGCGAUGGGUGACCUUCAACGCGACGCACGCGUUCUUCCCCGACGACCACCACGAGGUCGCGCGCAUCACCGGCGCGCACCGCCUCGCGCUCGACCUAGUGCUGCACGCGGCGCGUAGCUGGGCGGCGCGACGCUGGGGUGGGGCGGAGCCGGAGCUGCUGGAGGGGGCGUGGCUAUGGGAGCCGGCGCGUGCGCUGCGCUACCGCCUUUUGAUGCGGGAUGGCAGCGGGGGAGGGCCGGAGGGGGCGGGGCGCGCGCGCCUCCGCCUGCUGGAGGUGGCGCGUCCGCUGGGCGCGGCCCGCCUGCUGCCGGUGCGCUACGUAACAGAAUCGGCGCGCCUCACGCUGCUCGUGGCCGCGCCCCCAGCCACGCCCCCCGCCGACCUGCGCGCCUUCUUGGCGCGGUACGAGGCCGUGUGCCUCACCCAGGAUAAGAACACCGCGCUCAUACUGGUACCUGCACACUGUCCACACUUCCCACACUGCCCACACUACCCACACUGCCCACACUACCCACACUGCCCACACUACCCACACUGCCCACACUACCCACACUGCCCACACUACCCACACUACCCACACUGCCCACACUACCCACACUGCCCACACUACCCACACUGCCCACACUACCCACACUGCCCACACUACCCACACUGCUCUACCGCUACCAAGACACGACACGUACACUGCACACCUAACUCAAUUUCAAAUCAAAAACUUUGUUGUUAAAUGUAUCUGUAAUUUAAACCUUAUACAAUAGAAUAAGUAACUGGUGUUAAGCUGCGGCUGCGCAUCGCAUGACAAGCAAGCAGCAAGGUUGUAUUAGAGCCGCUUAGGGAUCAGAUUUCUAUUUCGAUUAUUUUAAAAGCAGCAGUAGGUAUGUACUUUUUACGUCAACCACACAAUCACAUCUCUUUUCUUUUGCUUCUUACCAAAACGAUUAUAUUGAGAUACACAUUUACUCGUGAAUCUCGUCUCUAAUACACAACAAAAACUGCUCUGAGUUGAUCAGUUUUUAUUCCGUUGUAAUUGUAGCGUUAAUGCUUGUUGUGUAAUUGUAGGUGAUUGUGGGCAACGCUAACGAGACUACAGCCAUCGAGCCCAUCCGGGCCGAGGUAGAGGCGCUGCGCCAGCGACACUCGGGCGCUACCCUCACGGUCUUGGACACGCCCGGCCCCGCCCACCUCGCCGCGCUGCCUGAGUACGACGCGCUGCUGGCGGCGGAGGGCGUGGCCCUAACAGUCGCCGCCCCCCACACAUCGCGCGACGCGCUACUGCUUGUGCUGCCGCCCCAUGCAGAAUUCAACCAGGACUUCCUCAACCGGGUUAGUAUCACGCGCCAACACCCCUAUAGUAUUACUUAAUCGGGUCAGUACCUGGCGCUAACACCCCUAUAGCAUUACUCAACCGGGUCAGUAUCUUGUGC